UAUUCAAGAAAGAUAAGACCUGGUCAUGAACUAUUUAAUCAGAACACCGAGGUCUCGAACCAUCACUUGCUUUGGUGCCUCACGAUGCUCUGGUUGGCGAUUUUAUCUGUUGCUGGUUUUGCCUUUGGGCAGCUGCCCAAUCAUCACCAACUGACCCAGUUGGUGGACCAGGGCUUCCGUCUGUCUGACCGCAAUCACGAUGGCAUUCUUCAGAUGUCCGAGCUGGAGGCUGGGUGGCAGAUUGAAGAUGCGAACCAUGACAACCAAUUGACCGUGGAAGAGAUGAUGAAGGCUUUCAACCUUACAAGAGAGAUUGCUCAGCCCUACUUCAACAUCUAUGACAAAGACGGGGACGGAAGUAUCCCACACUCCUUCCUCCUGGAUUAUGUCCAUCUGGUAGACCAAAACGGGGAUGGUCAGAUUACCCUGAAGGAGUAUGAACAUUACACAGUAUCCCUUACCGAGUGUUUGUUCGGGCAUGGAAACCAUGGUCACGGAACCAACUGCGGUCACUGAGAUGCCAUAUUCAAUGAAAAACAACAAACACGUCAUACAACUAAGCAAACGUUUGUUUUUAUGUCUUUAUGUCUAGCCAAUACAAAUAAAAACGCAUACACAAACCU